AGAGAAAAUUCGGCGGAUAAACUUCCGAAAAGGUCUUAUCUCCAAUUUUUAUGAAACUUGGUAAAAAUGUUCCAAAGAGUUCCAAAACUAUGUAUACAGAAGAACUUUUCGAAAACAAGAUUUAAGUCAUAUAUUGAUUGUACACAGAAGAACUUUUCGGAAACAAGAUUUAAGUCAUAUAUUGAUUGUUAAAGAUAUUAUAUUUAAAGUUAGUCCCGUUCUGUCCUGUAGAAUAUUUUGGUUUCUCCAUAAUUUUUAUAUUUCAUAAUAUAUUAUAUAAUUAUUUUUAGUAAAACUGCAAUUUAGAGGAGUCAGUUUCAAUUGCCUUGAUCUUAAUAUAUGUUAUAGAGGUCAUCCUCCUGAAUAACAAACAAGAAAUCUUAAAGCUCGUCUACAAUAGUAAGUCGUAAAAAUUGACCAAUCAAGAGGCCUGUUUUUUAUAGCUGCACUGCUGAACUAGUGAAUAAGAGUGAGAAAACUAAAUAUUUGUUUCACUUCAAUAUAUUACACCAGUUCAAUAUAUUACACCAGUUCAGCAAUGCAGCUACAAAGAACAGACCUAUAGUUGGGCACAAGAAGAAUAAUCAACCGUGAUUGAUCAAUCUCUACGACUUAUUCUUUACGACUUUACGACUUCUAUUGUAGACGAACCUUAACUCUAAACUGCAGUUUUACUAAAAAUAAUUAUAUAAUGUAUUAUGAAGUACAAAAAUUAUGGAGAAAAGGAAAUAUUCUAUAAAACAGAACGUGACAAACUUUAAAUAUAAUACGUUUAACAAUCAAUAUAUGACUUAAAUGUUGUUUCCGACAAAAGUUCUUCUGCGUACGUACAUUUGGGAUCGUUUGAAACAUUUUUACUACAUUUCAUAAAAAUCGGAGAUGAGACCUUUUUAGAAGUUCAGCCUUGUUGCUGAAUUCUAGCAGAGAAUUCAAUUAUCUCACGCGUGGGAUCUGGCAGAGAUGCCAACAUUAGCUUGCACGCAGAUAACUUCUCACUCGAUUGAUAAUCGAACGGAAAGGAAAAAUUAUUUGAGAUGUCGGUGAAUAUAUGGCAAAGAUCUGACCAUCAUCUGAGACAAUGUAUUGCAUUUCAGAUUUUCCGACGAACACAGAAAUGUCCGACGACACCGUCGACGAGAGAAACGACACGAAAACGGAUCCGGGCGCUAGCAAGCACGGGAACUUCAUGAAUUAUUACCAAUUCCAUCCUGCGGAAGAGCGCGUGCGGCAACUUCCGCAUGGCGUGUGGCGGGUCGCUCAUCCGGCCCGGAAAUACGCGGGUCUAGACGUCGGCUGCAACGCCGGGGAUCUCACAUACGUUCUGUACGAUUUCCUCGAGAAGGCUAUGUCUCAAGAUCAGCCCGAGAUCUCUUUACUCGGCAUGGAUCUGGACUCAAUUCUGAUCGAGAGAGCGCGCGAGCGAAAUUCGCAGCCGGAUCGCAUGGCCUUCGAGUGUUUGGACUUUUUGUCCGAAGACUGUGGCGAGACGCUGACGAGUUAUUUGUACCGACUUGGUAAGAGGCGAUUCGACGUAGUAUUCUGCUUCUCGAUCACCAUGUGGAUUCACCUGAAUCACGGUGACGACGGCUUGGAGAAAUUUUUGCAGAGAGCUUGCGCGUUCGCAGAAAUGAUCGUCAUUGAGCCACAACCCUGGAGGUGUUACAGGAACGCGUCGAGAAGGUUAAGAAGAGCCAAGUCAGAGGACUUUCCAUUGUUGAAAGGACUCAAGUACACCGGCGAUCCGGCGAAGCACAUAGAGAAUAUAGUAAUGAGACUCUGCGACUUUCGCAAAGUUGCCAUUACCGAGAGCAAUGAAUGGGGACGUAAACUUUUGAUCUAUGAGAGAAAACAAUAAAACUAAACUAAGAAAUAAAUAGAAAUAAGUAGAAAUAUAAAAAAAUGAAUGAAUAUUACAUAAUGAGUAGUAAUGAGUACAAUAAGUUACAAGAAGAAAUCGAUUUUAAUAGAUGCACAUCGGAAUACAUAUGUAUAGGCGUAACUGAACAAUUUUUCUUCUUUUUCAUUAAUAAGACAUUAGUAUUAUGCAUUUUAAAAUAUAUACCUUGCUAUGUAUCUUAUCUAAAUUACUCAACUCCCAUAGGAAAUUUUUCAAUGAUAUUUUACGAAACGACUAUUUUAUUUUUAGUAAUUUUUUCGAUAAUAUUUUGUGAAACGACUACUUUUUGUCGUUAUGGAAAUAUGUGAUUUUAUUAAAUAAAUUCUAAUCAUUA